GAGAGAAGAAAGCUACAGAGAUCUAGAGACGAAGUAGCAUUUUACAAACUUAAGGGUGACCCCAUUUGUUACGAGGAGGGGGAACUAGUUAUGCUCACAGAGCACCGGCAGAGCUCCUACGACAAAGGGGUCUCGAAAAAGCUGUUUCCCAAGCGUUUUGGACCUUACAUGGUCAUGAAACACGUUGGUGAUAACGCGUACCGAGUGAGAAGCAUCGCUAAUGAGUCUGAUGAACAAAUCGUAAAUGCCAGACAAAUGACGAUCUAUUUGAGUUUAGAACAACAAGAGAAGCUCAAAAAUGACCCUAAGUUACAGUCAAAAACCGAUAAUAGGCCCCUAAUUGAGAAAAUAAGAGAAAAAGUAACGCCGAAGGAAAUCGAGAAGUCAGAAAUUGAGGAAGAGGUCGAAGAAGAGGUCACUGACCUUAAAAUACAUGAUCAAGUCGCGGAAAGAGCAGCUAGGCUACUGGCUAGAGAAAUGCGUAAAAAAGAACUCGAAGAGGUUGAGAAAAAUAAAAGUAAGAAACUGCAGGAAUUUCAGAGACUCAAAAAACAUGCGAGAUGCAAGUUGGAUGAUAAAGAGAAUGAAAAAAUCGAAGACUGUAUAAAAAAAGCUGUUAAUUUGAGUAAAAAAGCUGGAGAAAUUAUUGAAAAUGCGAAAAAGAAAGAUAAAGAGAGAAAGCGUACGAAAAUUUUAAAGCCAGGUGAGACGCCACCAGGAUCAGCUGAUCCUGAUUACGUACCUCCAACGAGCAUGAAAAGACGAAAAAAGAAAACAGCUAAUUUUAUUGCGUUAGAAAAAUUGGAGUCGCAUCACCGGAUAAAUUUCGUCGAGCUGUAUUUAAAUUACGAUGAUAUUGCGAGGUAGAGUCGUUGAUUGAGUAGCUGGAGGUCCAGACAUUGCUCUGCAGUGUCAAAACCUGUAAAUUUUUUUUUUAACCUGUAAACAAUUUAUUUUAUUCAAAAAUUACUCGUGGAAAUGUUUUAAUCGGUUUUAUUACAUGAGAAUUGGGCGAACGAAAGCGAGAGUGUUUUUACCCGAGCAGCCUACGAGCUAUAGGAAAAGAGUACUGUAAGCGAGUAGGCGGGGGGUGGUUAGACACGCCGCACAACGAGAACGAAGCGAGAACGGCUCUCCGCACCGUGUUACUACGAGCAGCAAGCAUUUAUGCGUACUAGCGAGUAGGCGCGGGGUAGAGGUAAACCGAACCCAACGAGAACGAAAAGGAACGGCUCCCCUCGUACCAUUGCAACGAAGCAAAGAGUCGUUUUGCGUGUAAGCGAGUAGGCGGGGAGUGGUUACGAGCAGAAUACGACGAGCCGGUUGCAUUGUAACAGGCAACCAACUGAUAAGAAAAAUAUUUCGAUCGAAUGAAAAGGCAGAUGGUUUGGCUAUUGUGUUUUGCGUUGAGUUGUGAAAUAUGUCGAAAUAUGCUUGAUUGUUGAAAUGUGAAUUUUUUUCGUGAUUUUUUGGCAAUUAUUACGGUAAAUUGCGAUCGGUCGUGAAUAAAAAGUAAUUUUUCGUGUUCGUGAUUGUAUUUGCGGUUGGAUUAAGGUGAGAAAUUUUGAAAUACGGUGAUUUUUCGCGAAAUGAGCAGCUUCGUGCAUGUUUGAUGUUGGAAGAUUUUGUAGCAGAAAUAUUCUUGCCGAAAUUUGAGUAAGUCCAGUUUAAAAUAAUAUUAAUACGCGGUUUUCUAUGUUCAUAGCCGAGAAGUAUUGUGUUUCGUAUAUCUGGAGCGUGUAAUUAGCUGAAAAUCGUGGGAAUUUCAAAAAUCGAGAAGCUCUCGUCGCGUGUGCCUGCUAAAAGAACAAAACGAGCAGCAACGUGGUGAAAGUUGAGGUUGGAAAUUCCUUUGAGUUGCCAGAAAGUUUUUCUCGAUUAGUAAUUGCGACUUUGGUUGGACGAAGCUUUUAUCGGAAAGCUGAAGUAUUUGACGUUAUUAUUGAAUUCUGAUUCGUGUGACGAAGAUUUUUGACGCUGAAAAAUAGCUAUUUUUUGACUUAAGAAGAUGGCGACGAAAGGCGAUAAGCCGCAGCAACCUGAUUGGGAUGAUACCGACGAGAGUAGCGAUUCUGAAAGCGAUUCGGAGACGGAAGCCACACAUUAUAGAAUUUUUCGGUGUCAGAUAUGUGGUAAGCCGAUCGGUGAAGGGCCGAAAAAGAAAAAAUCGAAUACGACGGCGUUCGCGGUCUCGUGUGGGCACCAGUUUCACAAAAAGUGCCUGAAGAAAAAGAAAGCAGAGUUACCGUGCGAUUGCUUAGUUACUGGCUGCCGGAAAAAUGGCAGAGUCGAUCCCGAGACGUGGCGGAAAUUACGCGGCGGUACUACCGAGGUGUCGAAAUGCGCUGAAGAAGAAAAGGAUUCCUUGCGCGAGCGGUUAGUAAAAGAAAUGCGGCAAAACACCUUGCUGAUUGAGCAAAACGAGUCGCUGAUUCAGUCGUCAAGAGAGUCGCCGCGUGCUGAAGCCGAGCAAAUUCGAGUUGAGUUAAACUGCGCAAAAACCGAAAUAGAGCAGCUUAAGGCGGAAUUAGCAGAGGUACAGCAAAGAGCUGCGACGUUGGUGGUACAGAACGAUGCGCUGUUGCUCGCGAGUCAAGGCCCAAGAGAAUGGUCAAUCGAGGAACUCUCUGAGGAGGCUUUUGCAGCCGAGGCGGAGAGACGUGGUUUCGAGGCAUCGCUAGACAGACUAAAUCGAGAAGAACGCGACCGGCGCUACCGGCAGUUUGCAAGCAAGAUCGAAGAGAAUGGCAUGGACUUUGAGCAGGCGCUGCGAGCAAUUGACCGCCAACGAUUGUUUACGCAAGUGGACAGUGCGCGUAUGAUGGUGUUAAUCGAUGUUGACAGAGAGGCGUUGGACAAAGAAGUUAGAUUAUCAGAGGUUCUCGAUGGAAUUAGCGUGCUACCGUCAUUGACAGGUAUCGAGCAGCCGACGAUGCAAAGGAUGAUUGAACUCAAUAGACGUCUCGAGCAGCUCGAAAUUAGCUAUGAUGACGUGUUCGAUGUAGUCAACGACGAGGCGGAACGAGCUCGCUUAGAAGCGAGGAAGUCGCUGCAAAAGAAGAAACAAACGACAAAAGUAGCGGUAAAGAACGCGACCGAGAAGCCUCAAAAGUCGGACGAGAAACCAACGACGUCGAAAGAGAAGCGGUCUUCGGUCCCGAAUACACCAGACGUAAACCUGGACGGAAUCGAGACGGACGGUAAGAGUAACGAUGGUGAAAGCCCUCGACCUGACGAUGAGAGUGCGAAAAGAGAGACACGUAAAAGAUCGAGUACAGAGUCGUCCAAAUAAGGUACUGUA